AUCAUGGGAAAAAAAAAAAACAUUCCUUUGAAAGUCUAUUAAGGGAGUCAAUGGUAAGGUCAGCAGGGACAAAGAGAAAAGGUGGCAACUACAUUUUAAAGUAUAGAACAAGUCUCUUCCUUCUACCUGUCAUCUAUGAGAUGAGAACCUAAGCUCCUAGGUGAGGCUGCUAUAUUCUUAACUCAUGAUUUAGGUAGUAAGUUGCUAAGGGAGUUCUAAAUCCCAGACAGCAUUUCUCUAUAAAUCUUCUCUCUUUCUUGAGGGCUUGGUAAGUAAGUUGGGAAGGGAGAGUGCUUUUCUGCUUCCAGUGAUUUUGUUUGCUUUGAAUGCACAUUUUUGUUACAGUUUCAUGGAGAAUACUUUUUAGUGCUAGAGACAGAACUAAGGCCUUCGUACAUUAGUUAAGCACUCUAUUCCUGAACUAUACUCCCAAUACAAGAAUUUUUUUAAAGUGACAUAGAAUUUGAUGUCCUUGGAUAUACUGACAUUAUUCAGUUUUCUUUCCUGCUUUUUCCUUUUUGUAUACUGCAAGUUCCUAAGCAACUCAGAUUUGCAAACAUAGCUAUAGAUACAUUCUUUGUCUUGACAAUAGUCACCUGGGAGUUUAGGUCUGUUUUCUUAGUCUCACCUCCCUCUAUUUUAGUCAUAAUAUUUAUGGUAACAGUUGACUUAAGAGGUUUUUCUGAGUCUGUGGCGGAUGGUUUGUAGCCUCUAAUUAGAAGCUAGGAAAGAAUGAGUAGUCAGGAACUAGUCACAUUGAAUGUAGGAGGGAAGAUAUUCACGACACGGUGCUCUACCUUAAAGCAGUUUCCUGCCUCCAGGUUGGCAUGCAUGUUGGAUGGCAAAGACCAAGAUUUCAAGAUGGUUGAUGGCCAGAUUUUUGUGGAUCGAGAUGGUGUUUUAUUUAGUUUCAUUUUAGAAUUUUUGAGAACUCGUCAGCUUUUAUUACCCUCUGAUUUUCCAGACUAUCUUAGGCUUCAGAGAGAAGCUCUUUUCUAUGAAAUUGAUUCUCUGGUUGAUCACUUAAGCCAAUACCUGCUACAGUCAAGACCUGCUCUCUUGGAGGUACAUUUCUUAAACCAAACUACUCAAGCCUUCUUCCGAGUGUUUGGCUCUUGCAGCAAAACAAUUGAGAUGCUAACUAGGAGGAUUACAGUGUUCAUAGAGCAACGUACAGCACCCACCCGGAGUAACUCUUUUGCUCCUCAGAUGACUUUACUUCCACUGCCUCCACAAAGACCUUCCUACCAUGACCUGGUUUUCCAUUGUGGCUCAGAUGGCACUAUUGAUAACCAAACUGGAGUCAGGUAUGUUUCCAUAAAACCUGAUAACCGAAAAUUGGCCAAUGGAACAAAUAUCCUGGGCUUACUGAUUGACACUGUAUUAAAGGAAGGCUUUCAUCUGGUCAGCACUAGAACAGUGUCCACUGAAGACAGAAGUGAAUGUUAUACCUUUGAAAGGAUAAGUCCUCAAGCCUUUGGGGUGAAUAAAACACCAAAACUGGAGACCACCAUCCUACCAGAGCAAUCUCAGAAUAAGAAAUGAAGUUGUUUGUUCUCUUUCACAGUAAAGUGAAAAAUUUCUUAUUGGGAAAUUCCGUAUUUGGGGCAUAUAUGUUACGGCUUUCUUUCUUGCCUCUGGGCAACCAGGUUCCAACAGUGCUACCACACUGUGCUCUUUUAAAAUAACACUGCACUUGGUGCUCUGACACAUGUUCUUCCACCUUCAAUGCCUUUUCUUCACCUUCUCCAUGAACAUUUUCACAGCUUUCAAAAAUGGGCUGUGGAGUUAGACUGCAUAUCAUUUAUUAGCUCUGUGUCUUAGGCAAGGCAUUUAACAUCUCUGUGGUUCAACUUCAUCUAUUAACAAGGGACAAAAAAAGGUAUCUCCUUCAUAGGCUAUGUGGGAAUGAAAGGGAACAACGUAUUCAAUAUUACCUGGCACAUGGUGGGUACUCAGUAAUGUUGAUGAGAAUGAUCAUGGGUCACCUACUUUCAAACAUUUCUUUUGUAGGGCCUUGUUCCUCCCUUUCCUCAAUUAUGGUAAUCUUUCUUGUUUCUUUGCAGUACCAGGGUUCACCCGUGAUGCAUGCACAGUAUGUGCUCUAUGACAAACCUAUGACCCCAGCAACUCAACCUUGAAGACUUACUAUAAGAACCUUUUCUCAGGCUAGAGAGAUGGCUCAGAGAUUAAGAGCACUGGCUAUUCUUGCAGAGAACUUGG